AUGAACUCCGUCGAUGCAUCCGAGCAUUACGAGCUAGGGACCACCGACCUCGCCCCGUCCCUCCUCACCGUCAUCGUCGACACCAACCCGCACGCCUGGGCAGCCCUCGAAGGCUCACUCCCUCUCUCCCGAGCCAUCGCAAACAUCCUCGUCUUCAUCAAUGCCCACCUGGCCUGCAACUACGCCAACGAGGUUGCCGUCGUCGCCUCACACAGUCACAAAGCCGCCUGGCUCUACCCCGUCGAGCAGGCUUCCACCGAGAACGGAUCCGCUGACCAUGAUGGCGACGUGACCAUGAACGGCGACAGCGAUGGCACCGCAGCCACCACCACACAAACCAACAAAUACCGGCCGUUCCGCAUAGUCGAAGAACAGGUCAACCGCAACCUGCAGGCACUGCUCCAAUCCACAGCCGCCACCGAGGUCCGCGGCAACACGUCGACAAUGCUCGCCGGCGCGCUAACCCUAGCCCUGAGCCACAUCAACCGGCGCACAAUCGCCUGGGCCGUGGAACACGGCGGCGCAGACCUGGAAGACACAGCCGCGGAGGUCGGCACCGGCGCGGCGACGACGAGCGGGAACCGGUUCUCCGCGACCGGCAGCGACGACGAGCGGCUGCAGAGCCGGAUCCUGAUCAUCUCGGUCAGCGGGUCCAGCGACUCGGCGCACCAGUAUAUCCCCGUGAUGAACAGCAUCUUCGCGUGCCAGCGCCUGCACAUCCCCAUCGACGUGUGCAAGCUCAGCGGCGACGCCGUCUUCCUGCAGCAAGCGUCCGAUGCCACCCGCGGCGUGUACAUGGCACUGGCUGAGCCGCGCGGCCUGCUGCAGUACCUGAUGAUGGCGUUUCUGCCUGACCAGCGCUCGCGCCGCCAUCUGGUGCUCCCGACUCGUGUCGAUGUUGACUUUCGGGCGGCGUGCUUCUGCCAUCGCCGUGUCGUCGAUGUCGGCUUCGUCUGCUCUAUUUGUCUCAGUAUUUUCUGUGAACCGCCUCCUGGAAAUGCCUGCCUCACGUGCGGCACCCAGCUGGAUCCUGGUGAUUAUGGGGCAACGCCGGCUCUGCUGCCCCGGAAAAAGAAGAAGAAGAAGCGGGUCAAUGGGGCUUCGGCGACAGGUACCCCCAUAUCCACGCCGACGCCGGGUCCUUGA